CAUUGCUAUGAUUGCAGGGCCUAAUAGCAUCAGGUGUGCAUACAUAUGGAAAUAGACCUUAACAGAUUUCACAGAUAUUUAAAGCCCAUCCUCACCCAUGCUGGCCCACCACUUACUACAACUUUACCAGAAUGGUGUAAUCCUGUAGCUAGGUUGCUGACUAGCCCUAGAGCCUAUGGGGAGCAACUGAAGGAUGAAGAUGGGGACUUUAUUGUCAAUAAUGAUGAACUGACCCUGAAUUAUGAUGCUUCGGACGUCUUUCCUGUGCCAGCACAGAACAGAACAGAUACACCCCAUCCUGCUGGCAAAGAAAACAUCUAUGAUGGAGACCUUGGUUUAGGAGGAUAUGAACUCCACUCUGAAUCUGCUCCAGGGUUUUUCCCAUGUUAGAAAGCAUGGGCAUCCAGGAGGCUGCAGAACGAUAGAAAGAAGUCUAGCAGAAAGCGACACUAUCCACCUCGUCGUAACAAUAAAUUGAGCUCAAAACACCUGCCUGAAGAAUUCUAACCCACCCUUAGAAUGAGGUGGAAAAACAGACAUCACCUUGACAGAAAAAGAAAUCUUUCUGAAUGUUGACAAACCAAUUUUGGCACAGUAUUAACUCGGUAUCUGUUGGGAUGGGAAAUGGCUGCAGAAUUGCAGAAGCUCUGUAGAAAGAUUUAGGAGGAACUGCUGGUCAGGGAAGAAAACCAACCAGUGCUGUCAAGAGUUCCCUUUUUUGAAUCCUGUGAACACGUUGCUAUCCAAGAUCCAAUUACUAUUUCUAUGCUCCUACUUUAAAAAAAAAAAAAAAA